CUCUCUCUUAUUUUUAUACAUAGCAAAAUAAAAGCGACGUCAGAAAUUUUUUCAAUUUCGCUGAAAACGGACGUGAGUGCCUCGCGUGUUGUACCAACAAAAAUCGUUCAGAGAACGUUCCUAAACGGAAUGCGAGACUUUUUCCAAUGAUUGUGAAAUAUAAGUGAUUUAAACAAAACUAUAUAAAACAACCAGCGAAAAUAUUAGUGUGUCUCCACGAAUGACGCAGACUAGAAGCUUCCAAUUGGAUGACAAUCGUCUAAAUAACAUUCAACAAUAGCGGUGCACUUAGCAAAUUCCAGUUGCCUCAAGCAUUUUGCAUUGCAACAACAACAGAAUCGUCGACGAACGGCGUCAGCAACAAAAACAAGAGAGAUCGGAGAGAACGGCAAUUUGUUAUUGGCGCAUACAAUACAACAAAAGAAUUGCAAUUUGGCCUUUGAAUAGUUUUAAAAACGCCAACCAUGUCCGACUCGGCGAAGUCCAACAAUAAUGCGUCCGUUGAUGCACCUGAUCCGGCCACUCCUGAUGCCCCUGGAGCAGCUGACGAGGCUAACGAAGCCACCCCGACAACUCCACGUGGCAAUCACAAUAACAACAACAGCGCCAACGGCAAAAGCAAGAACAAACUGAAGUCAACGCAAAAUAGCAGCGGAGGCGGGAGCAUAGAUAAGUUGUCGCCGGAUCAGGACAUCUUCAUCAAUGCCGCCGACGGUCUGCCCAAUCAACAUCCAUCGUUGCCGAAGGAGGGGGAUGUGGAUAGCGACACAGAGCCGGAGGUGGAUGCGGACUCAUUUGACGAUCUACCCACCUCGAUUAUUGUGACCAACAUCCAUUCAGAGGUGUUUACCAAUCCAGAGCUAAAGCAUGCCAUGGAGGAGCUGUUCCGGACGUUCAGUGAAUCGGCAACUUUCCAGUGGCUGCGAAGUUUCCGCCGGCUACGGGUGAACUAUGACAAUGCGAUUGCAGCGGCUAAUGCGAGAAUCAAGCUACAUCAGUACGAGUUUAACAAGAAAACGGUGAUCACUUGCUACUUCGCCCAGCCUGUGACACCGGUCAGCAACAAGAAUCUGCAGCCACCGGCACCGGUCAAACAGUUCCUCAUCUCGCCACCAGCCUCACCGCCAGCCGGAUGGGAGCCGCGCGAGGAGGGUGAGCCACUGGUCAACCAUGACCUGUUGGCUGCCCUGGCCAGCCUUACGCCUGGCGAAUCACACGAGCUUCAUCCACAGAGCGAGGACCAGCCGGCAAUUAUCGUACAUACGGCCAUGCUGGCGGAGACUGGGCCAGGUCUCCAGGUCAAGGCGCCAAUUGUCCAGACAAAAUGCCCGGAAAGGGCAUAAUCAUAAGAUUUGGAGACGAAACUGAAGAAAACAACUUGAGUUGUAAAACCAAAACGAACCGGACAACGGGUUGGGACUCAUGCUCUGCGGAUGGUUGGGUCUUAGAUUGAGUAUUUUUUGUAAAUAAUUUCCGAUUCAAUUGUGAUUAAUUUACACAUACAUAUAUUUAGCUACGUUCGUAUGUUUGUAUUACUAGGCACUCGAACUCCCGCCCCCUAAAGCCCGACAUACUUUCCCAUCCCUCCGUUCUUGAAGUGUAGCAUUUACCUUAAUUGGCUUCUGAUACAAGUUCUUUGGCUAGCAAAACCAGCAUCUAGAUGUGUUUAUCUCUCGAUUUGAGUGUGUCUAUAUGUUUAAGAAUAUUGAUGUUAAGCCAUUGCGACUACCUGCUAACAAAUAUCUCUAUCUCUGUGUACCUUCGACGGGAGAUCGUGUUGAGAGAAGUUGCUACCGAGAACCGCGAUCCGAAAUCCCAGAUAUAAAGCUACUAUAUCUAUGUAAAUGUUAAUGUAAUUCUAAGCCAGCGAAAUAUGGUGUAAACGAUAUCGUAUCAGAUAUCAAUCGUACAUGCAUACGUAUAUAAAUCUAUAUGCCUACGUGUAGUUAAAAUUUAAAUUGAAAAUAUAUUCAAAUUCGAAAUGAA